GUUGAGUCACAUAGCUAUACUAUGAUCAUAUUGGCCACAGACUGACAGUGGACAUUUCUUCCGUCCAAGACGACCAGGACGAAGUAAUCAACGUCAUGAUGAGACCUGCUCAUCGAGCACAUAUAAAUAUUUACGCAUCUGCCGACACCAUCACUUCAUAGACGCCAGGUACAAGAAACGAUAAGCGGCUCCCCAUGCACUUCGUAUAAUAAUCAUAAUCUGUUUCUUGCUUUGGCUGUCUAUCAGCGCACUACUUUAAUCAUGUUGCCUUCAGUUGAUGGCCACCUUGCUAUCCUCGCCGCCUUACCUCUUUCCCUUGCUAUAGUCAUAGCCUUCGCUCGGUUCAGACAGAACAGACAGAACAAGCCUCGCCUUCCUCCUGGCCCGGUGCCGCUCCCAUUGCUAGGGAACCUCUUGUCUGUUGACACCAAGGAACCUUGGUUGACCUAUACGGAAUGGGGCGCUGCUUAUGGAGACUUGGUCUUCGUGCGACUUCUAGACCAGGAAGUCGUAGUGAUCAAUUCUGAGCAUGUUGCACGAGCCUUACUAGACAAACGUUCUCGUAUUUAUUCCGAUCGACCAUACUUAGCCACGAUCGAGCCAUUUGGUUGGUCGGUCAACUUUGCAUUCACAGGUUACGGCGACGAAUGGCGUCUUUGCCGACGACUCUUUCACCAAACUUUCCAUCCCGACUCUGCAAUCAAGUUCCGCCCCAUGCAGAUGACACGAGCUCGUGAGUUGAUCGUCAAUCUAAUCGAUGACCCUCAACACUAUAAUUCUCACUUGGCAACAUUAUCAUCGUCAGUCGGGAUGUCAGUUGCAUAUGGCUACCAUACUAGUGCUCGCGAUGAUCCCCUGAUUCGAAUCGUGGAAAAUGCAGUGGCCAUUGGCCUCGAGGUAGUGACUCCAGAGAGAGCAAUCUUGCUUAAAUUCUUCCCCUUCUUACUUAGGUUACCUGACUGGUGCUGGGGAUCCUCGAUCAAACGCGACGCUAAAAUUUCGACUAGUCGCAUGACUGAAAUGAUGAACCUUCCAUUUCAAUAUGCGCAGGAGCAUAUGGCCGAACACUCGAUGCUCGACCGGUUUUCAAUGGUGGGAGACAAUUUGCAACGGAUGGAGGAGCAAGAUCAGGCAUCAAAAACUAGGUUUGAGACUGCCUUAAAGAAAGCAGCAACUACUGCUAUGACGGGUUCAUAUGACACAACUACAUCGACCUUGAUGACUUUUGCUCUCGCCAUGGUAUUGUAUCCAGAUGUUCAGAGACGCGCACAAGCGGAGAUCGACUCAGUAGUUGGAGAGGAUCGCUUGCCUACAUUUGAAGACAGAGCCUCGUUACCCUACGUUGAAUCAGUCCUACGAGAGACGUUCCGAUGGAGCCCCGUUACACCCCUUGCCAUACCACAUGCUACCUCGAGCGAUGAUAUAUAUAAUGGAUACUUCAUUCCAAAAGGAGCAACCGUCAUAUGCAACAUAUGGUCAGAUAGACUCUCCUCAGCUUUUAACGUACUGAUAUUAUAUCGCAGGGGCAUUUCACGAGAUGAAAAACGGUACCCCUACGCUUCUCGCUUUAUGCCAGAGAGGUUCUUGGACGUCAACGGUGAUUUGACUGAUGAUGACCCUGCGGGAUACGUUUUUGGCUUAGGCCGGCGUGGAUGUGCAGGCCGAUAUACCGCCGAUGCCUCUGUGUGGUCUGCUAUUGUUACCAUGUUGGCCACGGUGGAAUUUUCCUCCGCCAAAGAUGACAUAGGCAAAGUCAUCGAUUUCACCCCUCAAUUCAGGCCGGGGCUCACUCGCACUCCUUUGGUCUUCCCUUGCAGUAUUUCGGCACGUUCUCGUACCCAUUCAGAACUUGUAGAUGGUUUUCGAACUGGAGUAUAACAUGUUUAUGGUGACAGAAUCAUUUAUCUUCCUUCUUGCUUGCCGCUCCUCAGUAUACUAUUCAUCAGCUUUAGCUCCGUUAUGAUGUCCCCUUGUUCCACGUUCUCGUAUCCAUGCCAGUUUUUCAAUGACAUCCUAUAGCACUUUGAACGACAAUUUGUAACAUGUACAUGACACUGGGAGUUCAGGACGAAUCGUG